GUCAAGGGGAGACAACUUUGAAAUACAAAAUAAGGUCGACGAAAAUUGAAAGUAACAAGAAUUUUUAUGGGAAAUGAAGAUGAUAUUCAAUGACAGCAUCUUCUGAUUAUGAAAAUUCUUAAUUUUAAUAAUGGUGACACAAUUAGUUAUCACUUGCCUUUAUUCAUUGGUGAUUUAGAAUUGUGUUGUCAAGGAGAUGUAACCGUGUGGAACUCUUCUUGUAAGAAAACAAAUAAAAUAGAAUGGCCAAUUGUUGAUGGUAGAUUUAAAGCUUUGGUAAAGCUUGUUUGUGGAAAGAACUUAAUAUGCAUAGAAUGGGGAAGCGAACUUUUGACUUUGACCUUGUUUUUCCAUCCUCCAUUAUUCAGACAUUAUGUACGUCCAGUUUACAUCAUUUGUUCCAAUGACGAUGGUUAUUUUCAAGGGCCAGAUGAUGAAGAUUGUUCACCACAAUGUGCCCAAGAAAAGAUAACUCUUGCAGCCAUGUUGAUUCAGUCAUUUACUGCUGAAAAAAUGUCAGAACAUGGAUUCCAAAGAUCUACAUUCCAGGUUGAGCAUGGCCAAGACAAUGAACCGGGUUGUAAAAUAUUCCAAAGUAAACUAACUCGCAAUGAAGCUCAUAGUAUGACUGGUGAUGAACUGUGGUCGUACUUUGCUCGGGAACUUAUUGAGUUUGAUUCAGCGUCAAAAGACUAUUGUAAAUGGUUCUGUUUUAUGUCAUUCACAAGAUAUUUCCCUCCAGAAAACUAUGUGCCAAAAACUCACGGAGAAAUAUUGAAAUCUACAAAAGGCCAUACUGCUUUAGGUGGCGGAGGGCUAGCUUUAUUUGGGACAGGAAGUCUUCACACAUGGGCCAGAAGUGUGGAUGAAAUUAGUCAAAGGUUUACAGAUAACAGAAAGAUAGACAGAAGAAAAUUUAUGGAUGAUAGUGCCUAUAGAGAAACUUACUGGGGUAACUAUGCCACAGGACUUGGUGCUUCACUACAUGAAUUGGGCCACACUUUUGACCUGGCCCACACUCCUACAGGUAUCAUGGCUAGAGGGUUUGAUGACAUCCAUAGAGUGUUUACAGUUCAGAGGUCAAAGGUCAGCAGGGAAAGUUCAGAAAGAAGCAGAGAACCUAGCAGCAGCAGAGAAAGUCUUCCAAAAACAACCACUAACGAAGAAAAUGGCAAAUCUAUAUGUGGCUAUCAUCCUGAACAUCAAAAAUCAAAACACAUAAGCUCAGGAAGCUCCAGUGAAGAUAGUUUAAUGAUUACCUCCCUUGAAGAUAAGGGGAGGCAAUCCAGUGUCAGUCCAUCUAAUGCACCUUGCAAACUUUAUUUUAAUAGUCCAAUAAGAAAGCCUUCCUCCAUCGGCAGCAAUAGUGUAUCACCUCAACCUUUAGUUGUCAAACUAGAAACAGGGUUCAAGUCCAAAAAAUCACCUUCAUCAAUGACCAUUAGCAUUAAGAAUUAUGAUGGAACAGAGAAACAUCAGAUGUUACGUCAUGAAGACGGAUUUGAAGUUGUGACGGAACUACUUCUUAGCCAGGAAGGGAAGCUACUAAACAAAACUUGUAGACGAGAAAGAAACAGUUCCUGCUCCUCCACCAGUUCUACCUCAGCGCCUCAGUCACCUGUUCGUAUGCCUUCACGUUCUACUUCACAGUCGCCAAUGACUACAGUGCCAGCCAUGUUACCUAACUCUCCAGAGGAACCAAUCAGAAUUCCAGAUAUUAUGUACCAAGAUGGUGGAGCCCAUUGGUAUAGGUCAUCAGCUGUACUUUUACAUUACCAUAAAUGGUUUAAUCAGACCAGCCAAUGCAAUCAGAAAUAUUUACCGUCUGUCUCAGGGAGUAAAAUUAAAGCACCAUGUGGUCUUCGUCUAGUGGAGCUGAGAAAAGAUCCAGAAGGGGUGGUGUUCCAUCAUUGGGAGUUCAUACAUGAUCCACCUCCCAUGACUUUCACUUUGAAACUGUCCCGUAUUGAUAACAUGCCAUCCAGUGCCAUUACUAUUGUUGUAUUGAUUGAGGACAGCAGGGGAAAUAUACUGAAAAGGAAAAUGAAAGUAAAUGACCUUGAACCCUGAUUGAUAGAGGACAUCAGGGGAAAUAUACUGAAAAGAAAAAUGAAAGUAGAUGACCUUGAACCUUGAUUGAUAGAAGACAACAGGGGAAAUAUAAUGAAAAGGAACAGGAAAGUAGAUGACCUUGAACCCUGAUCAGAAGGUUGUCUAAACUUAUUCCAACCAGGAAGGUGGUGAAAUAUGUUUUAUCAAAAUUUUAGAAAUGUUCAAACUUAUUUUAAUUUUUUGACAGGGUAUCAUGGUAUUAUAUUUUAUGGUACUUAAUUCUUGUUUUAUAGAAAGGAAAGUAUGAAAAUAGUUAUUACUUUUCAUUUCUAAUCCAUUUCAAGGUAUUUUUUUUUCUAUUUUCUAUUUUUCUAUUUUCCUUUGAAGCUAAUAUAACAGAACCUAAUUUUAAUUUUGAAACUAGAAUAUACCAAAUAUACAUGGCUUUAAAUUUUAUAAAGUUUUAAUAUUAAGAGACAACAAAUAUUAAUACAUUGAAAGGUACUACAGUAUUAAUUGUCAUUAAUUUUUUAAUCAAAUUUUUGAAGUGUUUAUUCAAAAAUGACUUCCUUUAGAGAAAAGAGGCAGCAUUGGGGCGAAUUUAUCUAUUUUUGAAAUACCUCAAAAAGAUAAAAACAAUGAAGUCAACUUUUGAUUUUUCAAAUUUAAAGGCAGUCAUGACAGUACAAAUGUGAUUUUGUUGAAAAUAACCCUUGAGUCGGGUGAAUCACAGUGAAACAAGGUGAUUUCUGGUGAUUUAAAGUGAUAACUCUACCCUUUGACCUUUUAGAAAUUCUAUCUAUGAAAACCAGGAAAUAUUUCAAAGUGAAUAAACUCAUAGAGUACAAAAUUUGUGCUCAAUACACCAACUCAAGUAUUUUGUUUGCAUGAUUUCUGAUUCUAAGUAGGAUAAUUGUGCUCUGAAUUUUAAAGGCCUGUAAUCACCAGCAUUCAUUUAAAAAUUUCACAAAACAAGUGGAUUUUAACAGAAUCAUAUUUUGUGUAAUGUAUGCUUACAAUUAAAAAAAAUAGACACCUGUUUGGUUUAUAUUGAUUACCUUACCACUGAAACUUCUUGUUGAUUAUGUGAAUAUUUUCUUUGUAUCUUAAAGAGCCUUGAUGACUAGAUGGUCCGUAAAUGUUGAUAUUAUAGAUUUAUAGUUUAUUUUUGUUUUAUAUGUAUUUAUUGGGUAAAUUUGUUUUAUAUGUAUUAACUGGGUAUAUUUAUGUUUUUCUAAUGUAUUACCUCCCUUAGCUUGUUAAUUAUUUGUAAAGAUUUUUGGAAAAGUUUAAAAUUUUAAUCUGCUAAUAAGUGAGACAGGAAUGUAUAAUGAUGGUUGCUAGUCCAUUGUUUAUCCACAAUAUUUCCUAAAAGAGUGACAGGGUUUCAUGUUAAAACAUUUUUUCCAAAAUCUUCGGUACCUAGUGGUAUUAUUACCAAAAUUAUUAUAUUUUUAUUCCACAAUUUUGUGUACUCUUUUGAUAACAUAACUCUGGACUAUGCCAUAUAUAUUGUUAAGGGCUAUUCUAUUACAAUGUACAUGGGAGGGUAGGGAAGGACUUUCAAAAUAUCCCUACAACCAAGUACAAUUUUUUUGCAUAAUGGUAAUAGAUGCAUACCGAAAAAUAGACACAUGAACACAUUCAACAAUUAAACUUCCCUUCCAUAUAUAUUUUAAUGGAAUAGCCCUACUAAAGGGUUAAUGAUUGUGUGAUUGCUUUGAAUUAUUUUUGACAUAUCAAUAGUGGAUAUUUUGCUUUAUAUGCCAUACAUGGGUUGAAUUUAUGUUAAAUUUUGCUUAUAUUUUACAUUUAUUUUUGGAAUUUUAUAAUGGUGUUCACAUUUUAAUGUUUUAUACCGUUGGUAUUUGCUAAGCUUUGGUAAGUUAUUGAUAGGGUUGUUUUUUCAAUUAAACAGGUUUUAAAUUUUAGAAUUGUUUUUCAUGUUUUCAUGUCAAUGUAAUCAGAUCUCAUCUAGAGGCUAUUUUAUUUUUAUAAGUCAUUGUCUAUUUUUUGUUAUACACUGAUCUCAAAUAUGGCUUUCAUUGUAUAACAAUCCAAACAGGAAAACAAACAGUCUGAUCUAUGAAAUAAAACAAGAAACACUUAUGAACCACAUCUACAAAAGUCAAUUACCGAGCAACAGGUUUUUAACUUCUUUGUUCUUUCAAUAGUCAACAAAUUUACAUAGAAAAUAUCUUUCUAAAUUAAUAUUAUUGUCAUGAUUAAAAUAUAUCUUACAUAGAAAAUGUCUUUCUAAAUUAAUAUUAUUGUCAUAAUUAAAAUAUAUCUUACAUAGAAAAUGUCUUUUUAAAUUAAUAUUAUUGUCCUGAUUAAAAUAUAUUUAACAGUUUGGCCAAUUAUAUGUUAAAGUAGUAACAUAGGAUUUUGUAAAGUUGAUAUUAUAUUUUCAAGUCAUAUUUGCGAUUUCGAUGACCUGAAAUUUAAUUAAGAUAGUUUAUGUGGUGUGUGUGUAUAUACAGUGAGUGUUUUAUUUCUGUUAAACGAACUGCAACCAGUUCUACAUCUUUAAAUAAAGGGAAUAAAGGGAUUAAAUGCACAGCAGCAGAUUGUUUAAAUGAGUACUUACAUUCUGAAUGAUUCUAUAGCUUUAAUGGCACAUCUUUUUAAUUGAAUAAAAUACUAACAAGCUUUCAGCACAAUUAUUUUCAGCAAAAUUGUCAAACAUUGUGUACAAAAAAUCCUAUACCUCACUCUUAAAUAUGUGUAAGUGCCAAAUGAAAUACCAAAGUAAAUAUUAUUCUGAAGAUAUACUUUUUCAAUCAUUUCUGGGGUAUGGUAUUAUCUUUAAAGAAAAGUAUAAUAAUACUUGGACUACAUUGCUUUCAGGUAAAUUCAAUCUUAUUUUUC